UUCGCGGGAAAAAGUGAAAAAAUGGCGACUUGCACAGUCUGAAUUGGAGUGCUGCACACUGUCCUCAAGUACAGAAAAAUACGUCUUUGCGAAUGGAACACAGUGCUCGUGGAAUACUUUAUGCGCUUUUGGGGAACUUUGAAGGAUAUUUCGGAGACCAUUCUAGACACAGACCUGUGUGAGUGAGUGGUGUGUCAGGUGCAGUGUGCAGUGAGGGCAGCAUGCUGGAGUCGGCCUACAGAGAGGGCAGCAGUGGAGGAGGAGGCUACCUGCCGGGCAGCCUGGAGCAGCAAGCCUCCACAGGGCCGGAGCAGACCAAGAGGCCUGCCAAGCGGGAGCGCAGCACCAGCGCUCUGGAGAGCAGCCUCAGCGUGGGCCAGUACGUGCUCUGCUGCUGGUCGGACGGACUCUACUACCUGGGCAAGAUUCAGAGGGUCAGUCCAUCCAAACAGAGCUGCUUUGUCACCUUCGAGGACAACUCCAAGUUCUGGGUCCUGUGGAAAGACAUCCAGCAUGCUGGAGUCCCCGGUGAGGAGCCCAAGUGCUCGGUGUGCUCAGAGAUGGUGCCGGCGCCCGGCAACGAGAUUCUCAUCUGCGGCAAAUGUGGAAUAGGUUACCAUCAGCAGUGUCACCUGCCCCCCGUGGAGACCUCUGCUGACAUGUCCCCCUGGUUUUGCAGGAAGUGCAUCUUCGCUCUGGCUGUCAGGAAAGGGGGUGCUCUAAAGAAGGGUCCCAUAGCCAGAGCACUGCAGGCCAUGAAGCAGGUGCUGGCCUACAACCCCGAGGAGCUGGAGUGGGACUCCCUACACCGCUCCAACCACCAGCAGUGCUACUGCUACUGUGGAGGACCAGGAGAGUGGUACCUGAAGAUGCUGCAGUGCUUCAAGUGUGAGCAGUGGUUCCACGAGGCCUGCGUCCAGUGCAUGCAGGAGUCCAUGCUGUUUGGAGACAGGUUCUACCUGUUUAUCUGUGCGGUGUGCAAUAAAGGGGUGGAGUACAUUAGGCGCCUGGCCCUCAGAUGGGUGGACGUGGUCCAGCUGGCGCUGUAUAACCUGGGGGUGCAGAGCAAGAAGAAGUACUUUGAGCUGGAGGAGAUCCUUAACUUCAUCACCACCAACUGGGAACACUUCCAACUGGGAAAGCUGUCAAACACACCUCCAGCAGAAACAGGGGAGCAUAUCCUGGAUGCACUCAACAACAAAACCAAGUUCCUGUGCGGUAAGGAGAUCAAGAAGAGGAAGUGCAUAUUCCGGCUGCGCUCCAGGGUGCCCCCCAACCCCCCCUCCAAGCUCUUCCCAGAGAAGGCCCAGAGCGACGGCCGGCGAGGACGCAAGAAGGGCAGCGGAAGGCAGGACAAGAAACAGGAGACAGUGACAGGUGGCAGGAUACUUGACAGCUCAGCACCUGCUGACAAGAGGAGAAAGAAGAGAUCCAAGUGGCUUCUGGAAGAUGCGAUACCCAACAAUAAUGACUUGAGCUCCUGGAGUGCCAACCACCACAUGGCCAACAUAUUCGACUUCACGCUGGACGAACUGCAAAGCUUGAAAAGCUCCAGUUCGGGCCAGACUCUGAGUUUGGACGCGGACUCCACAGAUGCCGCCAGCACCUCAGGAUCAGCCACCACCAGCGUAUCCUACGACUUCCGUAAGAACGUGGGCAGCCGCAAGCGGAAGCUGCCCUCGUCCAGCUACUCCCUGCUGGCCAGCAGCAAGCGCGCCGCAUCGGAGAGCGAGCCCAUCUCGCCGCUCAGCCUGCCCGGCGAGGAGAUGGCCAUGGCCCACCACGUCCUGGGCACCGCAGACACCAGCAGCAGCAGCGGCACCCUGGCGGCGACGGGCAUCGACAGCCACACCUUCGAGAGCAUCAGCGAGGACGACUCGUCCCUGUCCCACCUCAAGUCCUCCAUCACCAGCUACUUCGGGGCCGCGGGGCGCCUCACCUGUGGAGAGAAGUACCAGGUGCUGGCGCGCCGCAUCACGCCCGAGGGCAAGGUGCAGUACCUGGUGGAGUGGGAGGGCACCACCCCAUACUGAAGUGGACCGGCACGGCACGGAGGGGCAUGGCACGGCACGGCACGGCACGGGGGAGAUAGGCUGGGUUUGCUGGCAGGUUUAGGGGGUUGUCUGGGGGAGUGAUGGUCUGGUACACAACCCCUCAAUGAACUGACGUGGGGGUUGGGGAGGGACGGACUAUGUUGGACUUGCAGAGGGCACGGUGCCUUGUUGAACUGGCAUGGGGAAGGGGUUGGGGUUGGGAAGGAGGGGCUGGGUGGUUGUCUGGUGCACCAAGCCAUUGUUGAGCUGGCCUUGGGAUAAAGGGGGUGGGGUGAAAGAGUGGAGGUAGGGGCAUCUACGUCGUAGAGUGGGAGGGUAUCAUCACCUCUAUGUGAACUGACAUUGUGCGUGUAAGGGGGACCUUGGUCAUCUGAUGGAGUUGGAGGACACUAUGCCUUAUUGAACUGGCAGGGGGGAUUGUAGGGGGCUGUUGGGAGAGGAGCUGGGUUGAGUCAGAGGGCACGUGUCAAGAGUGUCUCGGGGGGAGGGGCUUGGGCGGGGGGACUAAUCCUCAUUGAACUGGAAAGUAAAGAGCCUGACUUGGGGGGGUUCAAGGACAGGACAGGACACCAUCCCCUUAUUCAACAGUGGUGGGGAGUCUGGGAUGGGGGUGGGGGUUGGGAGGGAUUAGGGGGUAUCACUUUGUAUUGAUGGGGUGUGUCUCAUGAGAUCGCCAUGCCUUCAUGGACUUAUACCGUGACAGAGGAGGCUGGGGUUUGUCUGUGUGUCUGGGGAUACCCGUCUCCCUGGUGAGGUGUGAGCUGAGUUUGGAGGGGUGGGGGGGUGUCACCAUCCUUUAUUUAACUGUCAUCAACACACACACACACACACACACACACACACACACACACACACACACACACACACACACAAACACAAACACAAACACAAACACACACACACACACACACACAAAUCCUCUGCUUAUGGUAUGCUUUGAUGAGCACUUGAGAAAACCAUUUUCUGACAGUUGUUACAAGCAGUUGUGGUUGCACUUUAAGCAGCACUUAACCGUCAGUCUGAGAGAAGGAUGGCAAACACGCACGCACACACACACACACACACACACACACACACACACACACACACACACACACACACACACACACACACACACACACACACACACACACACACACACACAGACACACGGUUUGACAGAAGGGAAAUUCUGUUGCUUCACCUGAGCUAAAGCCAAUAGCGAUAUUGUUCAUAAGCUAGGAGUGGUCGAUUACUUAGCUAGCCAUUUACACAGUAGCACACCGCCACCUACCCACACACCAACAUACACUUGUGCGUUUACACACACAUAUUCACACACACACACUCAAAAACAAUGUCACGGAGCAACCACUCUGCUCUGAUCAACAGACGGAUAAACAAACAGACGCUAUUUCACCCAUCACAGGUGGUCCGUGCUGACUGACAAAAUACAUUGGCGAAAUGUACCGGUCCUUUGUGUAUUCAACCCGUGGGAAAUAGGUCAUGCUUUUCACCCGAGUACAAGUGAGAUCAUCGUUUCAUUAUUAUUUCUUUGUUUCCGUUUUAAAACAGCAAUAUACACAAUGUUUUGUAUAUUUGCUUCCUUUUUUAUAUGAAACAAGAAAGCAAUUCUGUACACGUUUCGGAUAUGUCAGGCGCAUCAAACAGCUGUAUCUAACAGUCAUUGAUAUGUAUUGUAGAUAGUUAUCAUGAACGAGUUCUGUUGCUUUUUUACGUUUCUUUUCCUGUACUCUUGUGUCUGCUUGUUCAAGCAGGGGAGAAUGCCAAACCAAAGCAAUGCAAACCUCUAUGUUCUGAGGCGUUCUCUUGGACAGUAUUUUGUGGCUUCUUUUCACAAUUUUGUUUUCAUUCAUAAAGCAUGUUAUUGGUCAACGAAAAGGAGGAAAAAAACGGUUCACUACUCCACAUACCAGUUAGAAAUACUUUGUUAGUUUUACUAGCAUUUUAACUUGUGAAUAGCAGUCAAACAUUUUGGACUGAUUAUCUUUUAACAAUUGCAAUAGAAGUUGAAAGCUAAACUUUGUCUUUGCCAUAUCCAAAGAUUUACAAACAAACAAAAUCCGUUAGAUUGUGUGUUUCGGUGUGUUUUUAAAAGAUGUAUCUUUGUCGAUUGAUAUUCAUCAUUGAGUGAGCUGUUAAAAGUCCUGAACAUUUGACAUUAUUCAGGCUUAUACUGAAUAGAUUGGAGUUUAAUUAUAAAUGACUUAAUUAUGUACUAUUUGUAUAUAAAAUUGGAUAUAAUAUUACCCCCCCUUUUAUCAUUGCACUAUGAUUAGCAUAAGACGUCAACUAUGCAAUAUGUAUUAGUAAUGAAUAGUAGUGUGGUGUUUACCAAAAUACAUGAAUACAAAUAGUUUUGUGUUGAUUGAGUAAAAAACGUUCUUUAAAAGCCACUUCUAUUAAGUUAAUUUUAAAAUGUUUUUUUUUUUUUUCAUUGUUCUAUUUUUUAUUUUGUUUAAGUUACUAUGAAACAAUGUUUGAAAUCUUUCCCAGUCUGUGAAAGUAAUGGCAAAUCUACCCAAAUGCCAACAAACGUUCUCGCAGAGGUUAAAUUGUCAUACGUCUACAGAUAAAUGCACACCUGUUUAGUUUAUUUUCCUCCACUCUGUUUAUGGUUGAUACUCUACCAGUAGUGUUAUUAUGUUAGUGCGAAAGGAGAUACUGCAUAAAAAUGUGGCCUAUGAUGUUAAGAGUAUUUAAUGAUAAAAUAAAGGUUUAACACCAGCAUCA